AUGUUGACGUCUAUUGUACAACGCAGGACGAUUCAACUUUCGCCAUUGAAGCGGUCAUGGCUGCUCGCGGGCCAGCUGACAUUGAAGAACACCGAAAUCGCUUAUGCAGAUGCAAAACACAAGUGUUUGCUGAUCAUCGGAAGGAAGGACAGCAAAUUGAGACAACUUGUGCAAGGCACGCGGGGUGGUAUAGAGAUUGUUGGACUUGCAGCCAAUUCAGCACACACCGGCUACCAUGUCUAUGUCAAGCAGCUAGAGCAGCAAGGGGAGGAAGUUUUGGACUUCUACAUCCCGUGCGAUGGAGUUGCAAGGAGUUUUGCUUUCAAGGAUGAAGAACCCUUCUUUGAAAUCAGUUCUGCCCAGAAGUUCAAAUCCAUUCAGCCAG